UUUUUUAGAAAAUAAACUUAAUCCAACUUCCAUUUCACUAUACAAAUCAUUGGUUAUGCUUACCUUUCUCAUCUUUAUUCUCAGAAUGUGAAUUAUUGCCACCAAAGGCAGUUGAAAGUAAACCUGAAAGAAAUCGCAUUUUUAAAAAAAUAACAUAGAAAAGGAAGCUAACAGAACUGAUUUUAUUUCUUUUUCACUUUCUUUUCUUCUUCUUCUUUUUUUUUUUUUAAACUAAUGAACGAGAUGAAAGAAGAAAGAAUAUGAAACUUCAAAUAUACAAUUUUUUUCGGAGUCUACACGAUUCGAUUAGAUACUGCUGUAAUCUUUAUCUUAUUUUGUUAAUAUCUUAUUUAAUGAGAAGAAAAGCGAAUUUUCAAUCCUAUGUGAAGUUGGUCAGUUACUUUAUAAAAUAUAAAGGCAAUAAAUGAAGACUAUCAGUUUAUUGAUCAAAAUGGUCUGGCUUAGUUUAUUCGUGUAUUAUCUUUAGAAAAUGAUGUCCCUUUCUAUCUAUUCUACCAAGU